GUGUUAGUAUAAUGUUUAUAAUUACUGAGUUGGAAGAUUUAGUGAAGAUUCAGCCAUGGAAAUUCCAAAGAGAUACGAAUGAAAUCAUCAAAUCAACUUUAAAUAGAAAAUUCUCCAACAAGGUCCUGCAUAAUGUCGGUUUAUGUGUCUCAUUAUUCGACAUAAUCAAAGUGAACGAGUUCUUUCUAUUGGCAGGAGAUGGGGCCACACAAGCUAAAAUUAGAUUCAGUUUAAUUGUAUUCCGUCCUUUCAUUGAUGAAAUAUUAGUUGGAAAAGUGAGGGGAUCAUCUCGCUCAGAAGGAAUUAGAGUAUCAUUAGGAUUCUUUGAUAAUGUAUUAAUAUUACCCCAGUCAAUGCCACACCCAUCGAGAUUUGAUGAUGAUGAACAGUUGUGGGUGUGGCAGUAUGAUAAUGAGGAUGGUACUAAUGAUAUGAUCAUUGAUAUUGGGCAGGAUAUUAGAUUUAAAGUUAUUGAAGAGAAAUUUAUUGACAUUUCACCAAAAGUAUCACAGAGUGGCAGUGAAGCACAGCAGAGCAGUAAUUCACCAUAUACGAUAUAUGGAUCUAUUAGCGAAUCUGGCCUAGGGCUAGUUAGUUGGUGGGACGGUUAAUUAAUUAUCGAAAUAAGUGAAAAACUAUCGUUUUAUUGACAAAACUCAUUUAAAAUAAUAAUAACAUUAUUAUUAUUACGCUAAAAUAAUCAAAAUAAUAAUAAUAAUAGUUAAAUGAAAAACAAUUCAAAAUCAAUUCGUAACUGCUACUCUAAGACAAGAACAAGAACAACAAUAAUAAUAAUAAAAGCUAAGAAAAUGAGUAACUAAUUCAAAAAUAAAGUCUUUAAAAAUUAAGACAAUUCACAAUAAGAAAGCCACACCAAUUCCAAUUAUUUGUUCAUUUAAAUGUCU